AUGACGGAUAGAUCAGGAAUAAGCGACUCCGCGAAAACUCCUCUGAGAAAGCCGAAAAAUCUCGUCCUCUGCUUCGAUGGCACCGACCAGAACUUCGGUCCGGACCCGUUCACGAAUGUGUUGAAGAUCUUCCGCAUGCUAGAAAGCAACGACGACUCGAUCCAGAUGUGCUACUACCAGCCCGGGAUCGGGACCAGCAUGAGCGUGAGGGGAGGGGACAAGAGCAGCACGCGAUGCGCCCUGGAAAAUACGUUUGAUUCAAUGUUUGCCUUCAGCUUGGACCACCACAUUAUAUCCGCGUAUCUCUUCCUCGUGCAGUACUACGAAUUGGACGACAAGAUAAUCAUGUUCGGCUUCAGCAGGGGUGCAUUUAUUGCCAGGGUCCUUACUGGGAUGUUGGAGCGGGUUGGAAUCCUAAAGCGCGGGUUGGAAAACAUAGUUCCGAUGGCGUGGAAGAUCUACGCGGCGUGGGAAUACGCCUGCCAGCCGAGCCAGCCGGACUAUACGACCACGCUUAUCGAUGAAUUUAGAAAUACCUUCGCGAGAAACAUUCCUAUUCGCGUUCACUUCGAGGGCCUCUUUGAUUCGGUCAAUUCAUGCGGCAUUAUUAGAGAUAGACUCUUUCCUUACACAUCGAGAAGCGGCAUAGUCGACCACGUGCGACAUGCGUGCAGCGUGGAUGAACGACGGGGUAAGUUCAAACAGCAAAGCUUUUCGCCUAACCCAUACACACAGAAGUUGUUUUCCUUUGUGUAUCGGAACUACAUGAUUGAGCCGCAACACUACUCCCCCCUCCAGUACGGCUACACCGAUAGCGAGCGGUUCUCGAACCCCUUCAUAAACUCGACUCUAGUGCGGACCAGUAGUAUCCCACAACUCACCGAUCGCAGUCCCGAUGCUGGCCUCUUCGCCGAUGGUAUGAAGCCAGAUUCCGAUUCGGCGGCAGUGUUGUUAAGGAAUGUGGCGGAUUACUUGGAGGGGGUAGGACAGGAAACCCAAGGCUCCUGGUUCAGAAGGCGGUUGAGUUCGCUUUCUAAACAGCGUGUGGAGGGUGUCUUUCAGCAUUAUUCUCCCGGCAAUGAAUCUUCAGACCGAAGUACUUUUGUCUCUUCUGAUUUGGUGGAGAAGUGGUUUCCCGGCGAUCACUCUGACGUCGGUGGUGGCUGGGCACCCGACAUCGAAACAGAACAGUUUCUCAGCAAUCUUUCUUUGCGAUGGAUGCUUUCGGAAGCGAUCAAACAUGGAGUUCACUUCAAGAAGGGCAUUAUUCAUCAAUUUGCCAAUACUUACGACUCCUCAAGUAGUGUUCUCUCUGCGAGCCACGAUAUGCUAAGUUUGAAAAAAGGCCAAUUUACCAUGCAAAGCCCAUUCACUAACAGCAGCAACCCGUCCAAGGUGGAUUUGGAUAAAUUCCAUGGGCUGCUAAAGGUGCCGCGGAAGGUAUCCAGUAUGCUUCGUGUCUUUAAGAAGAAAUCCGGCUCUACCUUGCAGAGUGCAAGCAGUCUCGGCCACUCUCCCAGGGCCUUCCCUCCGAGAUGUAUAAUCCGGCCAGCAAAGAACGAUGGACAUGGAACAAAGAGUAUAUUUCAGGUCAUUGCCUGGUGGAUAGUGGAAAUGAUGUUCAUCGGCAUAAGGAUUGAAGAUAAAAAUUGCCAAUGGAAAAACGUUUAUGUGCCUAACCUUGGUAGACAUAGGAACAUCCCGGCAUAUGGUGAACUACAUUGGUCUGUAUACUGGAGGUGCAAAUAUGUGGGCGACUACAGGCCCAAAAACUUGCCCCCAUACGCAGAGAAGUUAAUAGAACAUUAUAUCGGAGUAUCAUUAAACAACGGUAAGGAACACAGACGGAAGAAGAUGGCUAGCAGCAUACCAUCAAAACAAGUUUCUUACCCCACUCAAGAAUCUUCGCCUCUCCUCUCUCCCGCUGGCAAUUUUACAUGUGCCAGGAGCUCUCUUGAAGUAGAUAUACUAGCACAGGCCGAUGAGGAUAGGAUAAGGAAAUGGAUUGCCGAAGACUGGCGCAACGUCCCAGAUGAGUUGCAUGAACUUUUGCAAAGGAACCCAGAUUUAUAG